CGAUGAGCCGGUUAGAUUUUGUGACGCGGGGAAAGUGUCCGCAACUGACAUAUAUAUACUUUUACAUGUAUGUUGAUUUCGCGAAGGGCGCGUGGACCACACCGGGUGGUUGGACGGCAUCGUGUGUCGCUCAACCGUUGUUGCAGCCCUUGUGAGCACCAACAAACGAUGAGAAGAGUAAUAGUAGUAGAGCCCAAAGGCUUGUGACUCUUUCGGUAUUCUGGCUUGCACUGAGAGAAAAGGCUUGCUUUCCUGGGUGUGAUGUAUGCAUACUCCGCACGCGUAGCGACAUGGGUGUAGCCAGAAUGUGGGGCCCCUGACAACUGGAUAAAGUACGGUUGGAGCGCGUAUACGCAACCCUGUCGAUUGGAAAUGCGUGAGCCACGAAAACAGCGCUGUAUUGCAGUAUUAAUCGUUGAUCAAUUGCCAGGAUAUCUUUAGGUGUGUCGCAAAAGAGCGAGUCGUUCCCGCGUAUUCCUCUCGUAUCUACGAUGGCAACAGAGUCGACGAGCACAACCGAUUUCGAGCUUCGCCCUGCAAGAUUCUCAGAUCUUUCUUCGAUAGCGACAGUAUGGGCAGCGGCAUUCUUUGACGAUGAGAUCAUCGGCGAGAUGAUGCAUCCGCACCGACAUGAGUAUCCAGAUGACGUAUACUGGUUCUUGCUGCGAGGUGUUCGAGAGCGGUUCUGGGACUGGCGACAUCAAUUCAUAGUCGUAACAGACGACGGAAAGAUCGUCGGUGCCGCAGACUGGAGGAGACUUGGAAGGGGUGGGGAGGAGAUGGAAUUGGGAAGGGUAGAUCCACGUAACCUCAUCGCACCACUAGUGAAGACAUACCAUUCCAUGUCCCUAGCGCUCUUCCCCAAUCGCGCGGCUGAUCCUACGCGCGCUUCCUUCCUCGACACCGCUGUCGCGAGCUCGGAGAAGUACUGGGCUGGCCAUCGCACUGAGUGCUGGGACUUGCACGUCUGUGGUGUACACCCAGACUACCAAGGCAAAGGUGCUGGAAAGCUGCUAGCCCAAUGGGGUGUGCGCGAAGCACAGCAGGAGGCCGGCGAUGUUGUGGCUAGUGUCUUGUGUGGGGAGAAGAAUAGAGGUUUCUAUACGAAGGCUGGGAUGGGCGUACAGGUCUCGGAAACGAAGGGCGAUGGAGGCGGCAUCGCGUUGUUCACGAGAUAG